AUGAAUAAACAAACUUGUCAAUACCUUUAUUUAAAAUUUUCAAAAUUAUUGUUGGUGAUCUCUAAUAAAUUUUUUGUUUUAUUUCUUUUAAUUUUUGCGUUGUCUACAGCUUUAUUGGAGGGGCGUCGAUGUUAUUCCUGUUCUGGACAAUGUUUAGCUGGUGCACCAUGCAACUGCCAGAUGGGGUCUUAUGAGGCAGAUUAUUGUUUUGCAGAGAAACAGCCUUCAGAAGUCCCAGGAAUUUUCAGGCUUUCCAAAGGGUGUGUGAAGAGGCCGUCUAGAACUCGAGCUGGGUGUGAUUUUGACCAUUUUUCUGAUCAUGUCCUUUGUGUUUGUGCUGGGCCUGGCCAAUGGUGUCAUCAAAAAACUUCAACAGGCGCAGCUGGUUGUGGUUUUGGCCCUCCUUCGCUUCCCUACUUGUACAAAACGACAGAACUUUUACAACGUCAACAACACGUUUGUUUGAGUAUUAGCCGUGGGGGCGGAGUUUCCCCUCAACGUUUCUGUAUUUGUGGAGGGAAAAAUAUGUGUAAUUCAAAUGGGGAUGAUUCUGGAAGUGAUUCUUCUUUUAUUUCCUCUUUGCUAAAAAGUUUGGGUGGAGGAGGGGAGAAGAAACAACAAAGAGAGCAACAACAACAAAGACGUCAAUGGGAAAUGUCAGUAGCAGCACAAAAACUUCCCCCUUUACCACUACUUUAUGAAUGCAUAAAUUGUGAUAUGAGUGCAGAAGAUGUUUCUUCUCCAAUGACUUCUGGAUGUAGACAAAAUAAAUGUAGAGGCCAUUUCUGUGUUUAUGCAGCCCAAAGAAUAUUCUCCAACAAUUGGUCAACCAAUAGAAAUGGGAAUAAUAAUGGACAACAAAAUUCCCUCAAUUCCCCAAAAAUGCACGAAAAACGUGGCUGUAUAAAUGUAACAACGCCUACUUUUGUUCAACUUGGAUGUACACACAAAUGGGUACAGAAUGAAUUGGAAGAGAUUUAUUGUGCUUGCAAGGUUUGGAAAAGGGGGGGAAUAUUUUAAAU